CUGUCCACUACAACAAGAUACGUAUUCCCUUGACGUGCACCCGUCUGUAUUUUCAUUAUUGAUAACUACUUACGCUCUCAAGAAUGGCUACAGGAGUCCAGAGCACUGAAGCAUUCACUAUGUUUACUAAAGAUGAUGUAAAUCGCAUUUUAUUUACUGAGACCUUUAAGGACACAUUUGGAGAUCUGGGGCCGAAGGAGUCCUUUCAUGAGCUGCUACGCUUACGAAAGAGGGAGGUGGAGUUGCACCUUCAUGGUGUUUCAUUGUCAGAGUACUACCGAGAACGUAAGAUACCACGUGGUUUCCGUAUAAAUAAUGCACCCACACUGGGACGGAGUAACCCGGAGUUUUGUGAUAAAUGGUGUGCCAUCUUAGAUAAAUGCUCUUUUGAGCUUAUAUUGCAUGUCAUAGAGGAGACAGGACGUGACUUACGCUUGGUACGAAAUGAGAUCUUACAGUUUGAAACCUCACACAUACAGACGAUAUCGGCGGACAAGGACAAUGAUUGGCUCAAACGUUUACAGGAUCAAGUGUCACAAUAUAAAUCCGAGAUACUUGCCUUUAAGAGAUCCAAAUUUAUGCGGGUGACACAGGACUACAAGGAUAAUACAGUCUACCGGUGGCGUCAUGGAGGAAGGCAGGGCACGUACAGGCGGAGAUUUCCAACACGCAAGGCACGCAAACCCCCUGGUUACGUCUCAAGCAGCGGUGAUUCGGAGGAGGACGCUGACGCGUCCACACAGGCUGCCGGGGAUGCUUUUUUAUCCAUGGAAACACCGGCGAACACGGCGCUAGAAAAAGGCAUCGCCGUGGAGGACGCAAACACGGCCAGAGGAAAGGGUCGGGGCAGACCUCCGCGCUAUGGCGGCCGGGGGACCAGGAACAGGCAAUUAUAAAUUUAUCAAGCCAUCAACUGACGGAUAUGGAGACGACUGUACUGGCAAAAGGUUUGACUUUUGUUCCUUCCACACGUACACAUGAUUUUAAUAUGGCUGUAGAUAAUUAUAGAUUCACUCGCUCCCUGCGCCUGAGAGAACACUAUGGCUGUAGUCCAAAUGGGCGGGCUCAGGACAGUAUACCCUCUGGUUAUAAGUUGCGCAAUAACUUUGAUCCCAUCACUCAGAAUACCUCUCUUAAGACCUUUGCAAGGAUGGUUAAUGGGGCAAUUAGGGAUACACCUGCCAAGAUACACAAUAGGGGAAAUCUGAACAAGAAGGAGCGGGAGGCCCUCGAGCAGUUAAAGAACAAUCCCUCGAUUAUUAUUAAACCAGCGGACAAGGGUGGAGCCGUAGUGAUACUGGACUAUGCAUAUUAUAAAUCUGAGAUUUGUUCCCAACUAACUGAUGAUUCCUGUUACCAAAAAUUGACUUUUGACCCCACUUUAAAAUUUCAGGGGCAACUGGGCAAAAUGUUGGAUGAAGCCGUCAUACAAGGCUGGAUUACGGAAGAACUGAGAAAUUUUCUGUACGUCAAGGACCCGAACUGGCCAAUUGUUGCAACGGAUCCAGAUUUGGGCAAGCUGGUGAGUGACGGUUUUUCUUUUGGUUAUAAACGCAGUAGGAACCUAAAAGAGUUAUUGACACAAACAGAUCCAACCAACAAAUAUACUUGUCACUCCAAAAAAUUGACGGGUAGACCUGGAGUAUAUAGAUGUGGCAACUGCAGUAUGUGUAGCACACUCAUAACGGGCAAUCAGUUUUUUCACCCACACACGGGUAAAGCAUACAGGAUAAAGGACAGAUUAACCUGUACGUCCAAAAACGUGAUAUACAUAAUUAAAUGCCCGUGUGGAUUUGUGUACUGCGGUAAGACUUGCAGGCAAUUGAAAGAGCGCAUUAGUAUGCAUCGCUCCUCAAUUAGGGCAGCCUUGGAUCCUAAACCUAGGGGAGAUACAAAAAAACAGGAUAUAUCCAAACAGCCGGUAGCACAGCACUGGCUAAAUGCUAAACACUCUAUUACAGCAUUUAAAUGUAUGCCGAUAGACUCUAUUCAAACGCCCCCACGAGGAGGAGAUGUUGACCGUUUAUUGCUGCAACGUGAGGCCUUUUGGACCUAUGAACUUGACAGUGUGGCACCCAGGGGAUUGAAUACCUACCUUCAAUUUAACAGCUUCUUACCGUUGAGAUGAUGUUGAACUUCGACACUCUGUUUGCAAUUUAUGUAGUUCUUUAAAUUAAAUUAUAUAUGUGGGUAGGGAUUCCUUUGGGGUGACAGGCAGUAAAAAAAUGUGUCUUUGAGGUACGUAUAUGUAAUUUAUGAUUAUUUAUAUGCCAUAACAGUAGCUUUUAAAUGGACACUCCCACGUGUUUUUAGGAUAUUUUAUUUUUUAUAUGAAUUAAGCACUUUAUUGUUAUCUCAUACCAACCAGAUGAUGUUGAUGUAAACUGUUUAUUAUGAAAGCACUAGCACUUUUGCACAUGGAGCAUUGUUUGUUUUUAUAUGCUAAUUACUGAAGGGUCACUUCCUGUCUGUACUUGGGAGGGGAGGGUAUUUAUUCAGUGAAUUGUUUGGCACAUGUUUCACCUUGAGAAAGGUCCCAAUGGGGACCGAAACGUAACGUCGGUUACAUAUGCAAUAACACUUUUUUACU